CAGGGCCCUUUAUAUAAAGACGGUCCUCUGCCCAGAUGCCUUAGCCUGAAUGAUCGCGUGUCUGCUGAGGAGGGUCCCACUCACCCACCUGCAUUACGACCAUGUGUGACCAGCAGCAGAUUCAGUGUUGCCUGCCCCAGUGCUGUGUCAAGGGCUCCUCCUUCGGCCCCUCCUUCGGGCCCUCCUUUGGCCCAUAUGCCAAUAGCGAGGUGCUGGUCCAAGCCCCUUAUGAGAUGCAAAUUUUGGAGUGUCCUACACUAUGUCCAGUUCAAAUUUCCCAGACUCCAUGCCAGUCCAAGACCACCCAGGUGAAGGGCCAAGCUUCAGGCCAGUCUAAGACCAUCCAGGUAAAGAGCCAGGCUCCAAGUAAAUCUAAAACCACGCAAGUGAAGUGCCAGGAUCCAUGCCAGUCCAAGACGACACAGGUGAAGUCCCAGGCUCCUUCCCAGACUCAAAUUUCCUGCGUUCAGUGCCAGGCUCCAUGCCAGCCUGAGGUUUCCUACGUGCAAUAUGAAGUCCCAUGCCCUGCUCAGACCUGCUACGUACAAUGUGCUCCAGUUUGUUACACGGAAACUCGCUAUGUGGAAUACCCAGUCCAGACCUACGUGCCGGCUCCAGCUCCCCAGCCUGUGCACACCUACGUGGAAUGCACACCAGUGGGCCAGGCUCAGGGAGGCUUCUCCACCCAGGGCCAGUAUCAAGGUUCCUAUGGCAACUGCGCCUCCCAGCGUCAGCGUCAGUCCCAGGGUUCCUACGGCAGCUGCGCCCCCCAGCGUCAGUCCCAGGGUUCCUACGGCAGCUGCGCCCCCCAGCGUCAGUCCCAGGGUUCCUACGGCAGCUGCGCCCCCCAGCGUCAGUCCCAGGGUUCCUACGGCAGCUGCGCUCCCCAAUGCCAGACCCAGGGUUCCUAUGGGAGCUUCAGUGGGCAGCGACGGUCGCAGAGCACCGGCCAGUGCCUCCCUCCGCGCCGGCUGCAGCCUUCCUACCGCAGCUGUUCCCCGCCACGACGUUACAGCAGCUGCCUGCCAUCACGAUGCCCUUCAGGUUCCUACAACUACUGCACCCCACCCCGCCGCUCGGAACCCAUCUACCACAGCCACUGUCCCCGCGGCCGCCCUUCAAGCUGCUCGCAGAGAUGUGGGCCCAAGUGCCGAGUGGAGAUCUCCUCCCCGUGCUGCCCCAGGCAAGUCCCACCACAGAGGUGUCCUGUCCAGAUCCCUCCCAUCAGAGGCUGCUCUCAGAGCUGUGCCCCACAGCCCUCUGGGGGUGCUUCCUGCCCAGAUCUGAGGCCACGUGUAGAGCCACGUCCAUUCCCAAGGUCCUGCCCGCCGCAGCGCAUUGACCGAUAUCCAGAGCCGUCUAGGCAACGAUGCCCACUUCCUGCUCCACGUCCCCGGCCUCGCCCAGAACCAUGCAUAAUUCCAGAACCUCUCCCGUGUCCCCCAGCACGGCGAUUUUCAGAACCCUGCUUGAGUCCAGAACCACGUCCAGCUCCGUGUCCAGCUCCACGCCCAGCUCCCAGGCCUCGCCCAGUGCAGUGUGAGAAUCCAGGGCCGCGCCCAUGCCCACAGCCCUGUGAGCGCUCAGAGCCAAUUCCCCUUCCAGCACCCUGCUCAAGCCCUGAGCCGUGUGGGGAGCCUAUUCGAUGUCCCAGCCCCUGCUCCAGCCCAAAUCCGAUCCCGUACCCACAAGACCUAGGCUGUUGUGAGUCCAAUCCGUGCCGUUUGGACACGGAAGGCCCCAGCUACGGCCCAUAUAGUUGCAACCAGGGGCAAGAGAGUGGUGCUGGCUGUGGACCUGGUGAUGUGUUUCCAGAGCCACAGGGCUCAGGUGGCUGCGGAGACCAGGGAAGUGGCUUUGCUGGUGUCAAAGGUGGGCCUUUUUCAGGAGCAAAGGGUGCCUAUUUUUAAAGGGGCUGAGAUGCCCGCUGUCUCCUGCCUGGGAAACCUUGCCCUUCCUCUCCCUCUUCCACCAGCAACAAUUUCCAGCGUGUUCUUGUUCGCAUCUCUCCAAAGACACCUAAAGGCUCCCUGCUUCAAAGGCCACGUCCCUGCUCCUUUUCCUAUGAUCUCAGGUUCCACACCUCAGUCUUAGACGUCUCUCCAGCAGCAAGUCGACCCAGUCCCUACACAUCUUCAGCCCUAGCCAGACCAGCCAGGCCACCAGGGCACGUGGUGGAUGCUCCUUAGGACAAUCCCUAGGUGUCCAUACCUCCAAGCCUGUGAUCACUCUCUCCCUCUGCUGGGAUCAUUUCUCCCCCAUGACCCAGCAUCCAAAACCUACCCAUCUUUCAGUGCCUCUGCCUUGGAGAUUCUUGCCUCUUCCCACCAAUAGGAACCUGUGCUAAUUUCCUAGGACCCACUGCACUGGCCCCACCACCCACUUGACAACUGCUUCGCAAUAUCUCUUGAAUUGUUAUUCCCUAGUCAGGUGUGUCUGUUUCAUAGGCUCAGCUAGAUUGUGAACUCCCAUCCGAGGAGUCAGAAUAUCCCCGAAUUUCUGUGCCUCCCUUGGGGCAGGCAGCUGCUCACAAGGACUUGUGGGUCAGCAGCUUAAGCUAUCCUGAUGGACAACAGAGGAGGCCACCUAGCAAUAAAGAUCUUGACCUACU